AAGGGUUCAAUGAUAUGGUGUGUUAAUAUUUCCUUGUUAGGAUUAGCGUUGCGUUAUCCGGGGGAGACUUGGGUUACGCAUGGAUGUGGUCGAGGCACAUGGGACCAAGCUCUGGUAUUUACUCGAAUGCUCUACGUCAAUUGCUUAACCUUUCCCCCCAAUCGUCGUCACCUUUGGUCCAAAAUAGAGAAAACUUCUUUCCAACCAGCUCCUUUAGCCGAGGUUACAAUUUUGAUUAUUGACUGCGGAACAUUUGCCAGAGCUCUGUUUUCCUAAGCUUAGUUGUCGAACUUAGAACUUCGGCCACAAUGAACCAGGAGCCAGCAGAAGAUGCUGUCGAUUUGGUCAUGGCUGUCAUAGGAGUGGGCCGGAGCGAAGCUAUUCAGAAGUUGAAGGCAAACGGAAAUGACACUGAAAGAGCGAUCAACGCUCACUAUGAAAAUCCGAGCGCGGAUGAAGCGCAACAAAUGGGUCCUCUCUGGGACGAGAAUGCAUUUCAUUCGGACAAAACGAAGGUGGAUUGCCAGAAUCAAAACGUGCCGUCUUUCAAUCUCCGUCCGCCUUCCGAAACCCUAGGUUCAAACAUAUUUGGUGCUGCACCUUCUAGACCUCCUUCGCGAGUGAGCCAUCGGGGUGAUCGAGAUAUAAUCGACCUAACAAGUGACAGCCCCAAAGUAAAUCCUAAUCAUGCCUUGACUCACGCCGAGCGGGAAGAACAAGAAUUACAGCAGGCUAUGGCGCUUUCAAUGGGAGGCUUGUCACAAGAGAGUGGAGUAGCACCUGCGCCGGGUCCGUAUUUUGGGCCUGCAAGCAGAGAUCAUUACGACUCGAGCAAAUGGGCGCUGACCCAUACCGGAUCUACUCAUGAGAUUAUUUUGAAUCCUGAGCCCGCCGACCGCAAGCGAGAGAGAGAUGAGCCUCCCUUUAUGAAACCUUCGACGGUUGCAUUUUAUUUGUCUUCUUUGAUCACCAUCCUCCAUGCCAUACCGUUAGCAAGGGAAGCCUUGUUGCUACGUGAGCAUCUUUUGAAUGAUUAUGGUUAUAAUAGCGAAUGGUGGGAUGGAGCACCAGUACAAGUGCCGAGGGUCGUCAAUGUUGGCGAUCAGCAACAUGAUUGGGAGGCAGAUGAGGUUCUGUAUGAAACACAGCGGCUCAUGGCGUUUCUAGACUUGACGAAACGCUCUUACGGCAGUGUGGAGGUUUUGGCAAAUCUCAAAUCCAUUCAGGAUCAGAACAUGGAUGCCCAAUUAGCGAAUUAUUUGAAGGCCUGGCAGGAUGCAGCAAGCAGAAACAUUCCUGGUCGAAAUUUCCCAAGCCUUUUCCAGUCUGUUGGAGUUCGAAAAUCAAUGGGGGAAGAUCAGCAGGUUCUGGAUACGAUGCCAUUUUUUACCCUCGAUAUUGGUGUCGACGAAGAGAUCGCCGAUAAGGAUUUAACACUCUACGCGGCGCUCGACGAACUUAUAUGGAGUGAUACUGAAGAAGAUUUGCAAACCGAGGAGACGUACCUCGAAUCCAUUGGAGAUAUCUUUAUUAUGAAAGUCUCUCGCCAGAGUCCUCAGGGCUCAGGGCUUGGAAUUCGAAUUCCGGCUGUUUGGUAUCCUGACAGGUAUCUGGAACGAUGUAGAGAAGCUGCCACAGGCAUGCGGAUCAGCAAGGCGGAGAUUGGGAAGCUCAUACGUCAAACACAACAAAUUGAGACAAGAUUGACUGAGUUGGUCUGCCACCGCACUCCAACGAGGGAAAAUAAGGUUCUGGACGCGAGAAAGCUGCUCGAAACGGUUAUUGCAUCUUUUGAACAGGAAACUCUAUCAACAACAGACGAAUCCGUGGAAGGAUCAGAUGGUGCAUUACCUCCACCAACGCGCGCUUCAACAGGCUCAAUGAUGGUAAAAGAACUCAAGGCAGUCUAUGAGAGCGUCAAUUCGAAACUUAGAUCUUUGGAGAAGCAGAGAGAAGAAGCGCAUAACAUGCUCAAGGAUCUUUCGACCCUCCUUACACAGCCUAACGACAACGACCCUCAACAAUCUCCUACUGAGAAAUAUACUCUUCGUGGCGUAUCUACUGACCCCCAAAUCACUUAUGUCCUGUGUCCUUGUGAUCCUGAAGCCACAGAUAGCACACCUGAUGCAGAAAAUAGAGGUUGGCAAUGGUGGAAGCUAAGCUAUACUCCCACGGAUUCUAAGCCCGUUUCCAAGGUGAAGGUUCGCGAAACACAGGUGCUUAAGGCUGCCAGAGAGGAGAGUAGGUCAGCGCUCCUGGUUUACGCCAGCGAAACGGCAGCUAGCGGAGCGAGCAUUGAUGAACUACCAACUCCAUUGAAGAAGUUCGUCCAUGCCGAUAACCACACUUUUUCCUUAGAGGUGGACAUCCCACCAUCACCAGUCUCACCUCCCCGAACGUCUCCUAAACGCAAAGCUAGCGACAGCGAAGAGGAUCUCAUUGACCUUCAUCCCUCGCCUUUUCCAGGCGCACAAAGUCACGAACCAAGAUCAGCCUCGAAAACCCAAGCAGAACCAGAACUUCCACUCGAAAACCAUCUCCGAGAAUUCGAUUCUCCCAUCCCUGUCUCCAUUACAAGACAUAUUCCAGACACUGUUAAUCCUAUCGAUUACGCCGAGCCGCCGCGACACCUGGCUCCGCCUUUCCAAGCGUCAGCCCCGCUGUCUUCGCCUGGGGAUACCGAAAAGCAUUAUCCACCACGACUGGCUUCUCCGCCGACUUCGGCACCAUCGCAGAAAAGACAAACUGAUCGGCAAGAUCCAGAUGAGCCGAAUGUGGUAGCCAAUCAAAUAAUGCAGACGCACGUACCUUAGACGAAAAUCGAAAGUGGAAUUAAGCCGAGAGAAAACGACAAGAAAGAAAUGAGACUGAGAAGUAGAAAGAGAAGGAGCAGUCGCUCGUCCGUCAUGGCGCUAAUCACACUCGCCGUCGUUCCCUGUUGUUCUAUAUGCGGGGGUCAUCUUAUCACCAUCCAAUGCCAAGUUCAACCAGCAGGAGCACAAAAUUAUCUGGCUUUGUCUAUUCGUCGUCGUUCUUUCCCACAAUGGUUGCUUGGUCGAUGGUGCCUGAUCACCUGGCCUUCGUCGUCAACUUAAGUCCGGUAACGACAAAAUUCUGUAACGGCAAGGUAGAUGCGAAAACCCCGUACAGCUUUUUCCCCUUCAGUCUACUGCUUUGGAGCGAUUUGUAUAUAUCUAUGUUCAGAU